AUGCGUAUAAUUGCCCGUCCAGCUGGCGACCACCAUGCCGUCAUAGGUCGUUCGCUCGCCAAUAAAACCCUCAACGCUCGCGAACCCGCGCUUAUCAACCUUCCCAUUCCCCUCCCCUCGAUCCCCGUUCUCACACCCAUACUUUCUCCUCUCAUUGCUGGAAGCAACCAAAAUUCUGGAUCUGGAACGACCACGACUCCGACAACAUCUGCGGCCGCUCCGGCCCAAACCUCAUCGUCGACUGGAAGCUCUGGAGGGUCUACUGGAGGAAGUACGGGUGGGAGUAGUGGUGGGACUACCGAUGGCAGCAGUGGUGGGAGCACCGGUGGAGGCAGCACGAACGGUGGAUCAACUGGCACAGACACGACAGGUACGGGGACAGGUUCCACUGGCGGUUCGACCACCACCUCGCCCAGCACUGGAGACACAGGGGCAGGUACUCCCUCUGGCGACGGGGGUGCCGAAGGAGGAACGGAUUCUGGGACUUCUACCUCCGGAAACAGCGGGUCCAGCAGCAGUGGAGGAAGCGCGUCCACGGACAGUGACGGCACCGGUACCUCGCCCUCUGGUAACUACAACUCAAGCGGCGACGGCGCGACGGCUCCUGGGCUCAAUGUACCCGGCAUCGCGAAUGCGGGGAACAUACCUUCGUCUUCUCAAAGCGGUUCGUCGGCCGGGUCCAGUGCUGGUUCUGGGUCAGCUACCGCUACGAGUGGAUCGACUACCUCGACAAACGGAGCUGGAGGAGGAAACGAUACCGGCACGGGCGGCGACCCAAAUACGCUAGGCGCUUCGAGCAAGGGUGGUCUUUCGGGCGGCGCGAUCGCAGGUAUUAUUAUUUGCGUCCUGCUCCUCCUAAUCGGCCUCGUCGUAUUCGUCCUUAGAAGGCGCUCAAGAGCACGUCGCGAUCAGCAAGCGAACGAAUGGUGGUUCACGAGGAAGCGCACUUCCCAGACGUACGGCGACAGGAAUAGUCAAGAAAUCCUAGCAGGCGCUCCCAGCGCGCGCAGCAGCUUCGCCACCACGGUCGACCACUCCCGCGAUUCCCCACACGCCAACACCUUCGUUAUCCCACCACUUCCACCCAUGGCUGAAGUGGGACGCGCCAAAGCCACGGCUCCUAUGUUCGUCCUGGAAUCUUCUCACUUCGAUUCAAACUCAAACUUAAACUCAAACGCACGGUUUUCUGUUGGGAGUGCCCAUUCGGAAAAUUCCCAGUACCUCGUCGUCCACCACCGGGAUAGUUUGAACCCAGAAAUCGGCACGCCAAUGUCGGUUCGCCCAUUCUCACCUUCAGAAUCGUUCGCAUUCCCGAAGCCUCCUGAAGCCGCCAGCGCACGAAACUCCGUGUACUCGAGGCCCACAAGCUCGGCGCACUCAGCCAGCGGUACAUUUUCGGCCAAGGACGUCGACGACGUAAUCCCUCCCACACCAGCGCUUCCGCGGUUGCAUCUUCUCCAGUCACCCAUAUCCCCUUCUUCGAACCCCUUCGCGGAUAACAAUCCCUUCGAUGACCCCGCCGCUGCUGCUGUAAACAACGUAUCUGUGGGCGAGUUCGCCGAAACCGAGACCAUUCGUCGCCCGUUCCACCCCACCCUACCAGACGAACUCAAGGUGCUACCUGACGACAUCGUACACAUUAUACAAUCAUUCGAUGAUGGGUGGGCUCUCGUGGAGAAAUUUGACGUCAAGGGCAAGGGAAAAGAAGGCGCUGAGCCUCAGAGGGGGCUGAUACCGGUUGAUUGCCUUCGCGAACCGGGGCAGGACCUUCCCGCGUUCUGUGCUGCGAAGCGGAUGAGCAGCUACACGGGACCCGUUGCUGAUGGAGGCGUUCAUGCGCUCUGA